AUGUAUCCAGAUGGAUCAGUCAUUGGCUGCAUGGACGAGUCGCCAUACGGUACACGAGACGAGAUAUGUGAAGAGUGGAAGAGAACCGAGAUGGAGAAGGGAAUCAUGCCCAGUCCUGGUGGUCGCAUAUUCUUCGGAAGGAAAGGAAAAUGA